ACCUAACUUUCACAUUAUUAUUAAUCUUACUUACUACUAUAUAACUUGAGCUUCCAAACCCAAAAUUCUCAUCACAAAAACAUCUUAGCUUGGUUACUAGAGUACUAAUUACUAUUAACAUUUAUAUAGAAUGGCAACCAAUAUUGUUCUCCUAAUUGUUGCUUCUACACUUGUUUUAUCGACAAACGCAAUUAGGAGCCCUAACUCCAUGAAAGCUCAAUCAAAUGAACAUAUGAAGUUUAUAAGUCACCCAAUUUUACCACCAUUUUUUGGCGGUCACGGGCUUGGUAGGCCCGCAUUUGGUGUAGGGCCGGUUAUAGGAUUCGGUCCUUUUGGAGGAAUUGUGGGGGGAGGUGGCCCAAACGGUGGUGGAUUGGGCUUCGGAGGUGGAGGUGGAAGUGGAAGUGGAAGUGGAAGUGGAAAUGGAUUGGGUUUCGGAACUGGAGCUGGAACGGGAACUGAAAUUGGAAGUGGGUCGGGUUUUGGGUCCAGCAUGGGCGGAGGAGGUUUCGGGUCAGGAAAUGUCGGUGGAGGUUUUGGUUUUAACGGUGAUAGUGAUGUAGGUACUAGUCCUAUUGGUGAUGGUUCAUUUGCUGGUGGACAAGCUAAAGAAGCACUUGGAAAUCAAAACCCUUGAUUAAGUCUUUCACGAUAUGAUAUAUUACUAUUAUUCUAUACAAAUAAGACCAACUUCGCAUAUUGCGCUAGUUACUCUUCUUUCAAAUAUAUGUUAUCGUUUAAUUUGCAUGUUUUUCUAAUUCUUAUAUGUGAGUCAAAUUUGUAGUUUGGCUGAUUAUGCAAGUUUUAAUGACACUUUUAUUUCUCAA